AGCCCUCAAACCGACAAGCGAUCUCAUUAAUUUCUCCGAUCCGAUUAUUACAGUUGAAACCAGUUCCCACGCGCCAUCAUCCCCUUUUCCCUUCCUUUUAAAUCCCUCUCUAGGGUUUCAAAAUCCCCUCAAUCAGAAAGGGGCGAAAUCAAAGUUGCCCCCUUUUUAUAAAGACUCCUUUUUUAACAUUUCAUCCCAACUCUCCCGAUUUCAAAUUAAGGGAAUUUGGAUGAUUUCUGCGGAAAUUUCAGAAAUUCGGAAGGGGUUUUUGUAGAAUCGAUUGAAAUUCGAUCAAUUUCGCGUUUCUGCGAUGCCUUUCCCGUGGAAGAAGGUGAAGAGCGGCCGAAUUUCCCGACUGGUCAACGACCACCUCCACAUCUCCCAGAAGCGGCGCGACGGCUCCUCUCUGGUGGUGGAGACCGGUUUUCCGACUUCGUUGAUCGAUCUCUUCAUCAAGAAUCGCGAGAAAUUGAAGAAGCCGUCGAAGAAGAAGCGCGGCGUUUGUGAUCCGGCGGUUGAAGGAUCGCCGAUUUUCUGCCCUCCGCCGCCGCCGUCGCCGGUGGGAUCGCCGCUGCGGCGAAGUGUUUCCCCAAUUCCGCCUCCGCCGAUUGAAAUUCGAAACGCGGAUGAGGCUGUGGAGGAGCGCGGCGGCGCUGAGAGCGGCGGGGAAGCGAGGGAUAGGGAAGUGAAUGGGGUUUUGGUGAUGAUUUUCAAGAUUUUCACGGUGGUGGUUUUGGGGUUUUCCACUAAGAGACUCGCUUUAGGGAUCACCAUCUCGGCGGCCCUCCUCCUCCUCCUCGAAUACGCCGGAAAACGCCGCCGCCGCCUCUCCCCGGCGGCGCCGCCGAUUGUGCAAACUAAUUCUAGAUUACUAAUUCAAGAAAUUCAAGUCCUCGAAUCACCGGAGAUUCAACCGGAGAAGGAGAUCACCGAGGAGAAAUCGAAACCUGAAUUUCGAGAAAUCGAGGCCGUGGAGAUGGCAAUGAAGGUAGAAGAAGAGCCUCCCCUCUCCAAAAAAACAAGAAAAGCAAAGAUUUCUUCCAAGAUUAGGAAAAUUGUUCUGAUUCCAAAGAAAUUCAGAGGUGCUAAAAAGGAUCACAGAGAUGAUCACAUUGCCGAGGAAUCGGAUAACGGAAACAUAGCCUCGUCGGUUUCCGAUCACAGAGAAGAAGAUGUGAGGACUUCAAUCUGUGAAGUAGAAGCAAAGAUUGAUGAAGAUGAAGAUGAAGGCGAAGAUAAGGUCAACUCUGUGGAGGCUCGGAGAUACAUGGUGCUGUGUCUGAUCGUGCUGGCUGGCCUCAUCGGAGGCCGGCCUUUCGCGCUUGUCCUGACGUUGGUGUGGUUGUUGGUGUUGAAAGUGAUGAUGUGGUUUAACGUUAAGUCCAGUUAGAAACAUUUUUUAAGGUUUUGGUUGUGGUUUGCACAGAUGUUGAAUAUGACAUACGGAUGUAAAUUUGGUAGAUGGAAAUCUUAAGUUAACCUAUUUGUUGUCUGAAUUUGAUCAUCUUGAGAAAUAUGAUGAUUGAUGAUGAAUGUUUUUGAUUA